AUGGCCGCAGCCUUCGCCCCCCAGGCCAGCCCGGCCCUCCUGACCGCCGACCCGCACUACAUCCCGGGCUACAGCGGCUACUGCCCCCGCUACAAGUUCACACUGGGCCAGACGUACGGGAAACUCACCUCAGAGCUGCUCGCUAGCCCCGAGGCAGCUCACCCUGGCCGGCGCCUGUUGCAGUCCACCCGCUCCCCCGGCAGCCGUGAUGAGAGCCCAGAGCAGGAAGAGGGAGCGCCCCAGGGAGAAAAGGCCCCCCUGCUUGGCCACAGCAGGAUCCCCGGAUACACAGGAUUCAUCCCCCGGGCCCAAAACCACUUUGCCAAGACCUACACCGAGAUCUGCAAGGAGGCCCGGAGUGAGUUUGCCCGGCAGCUGGCAAGGGGCGCUGCCAGGAGGCAGGCGUGGCAAGUGGCCGGAGGAGAGCCUCCACGGGACACCAAGCCCGUGCCUAAACUCUUCACCGCCAACUACAAGGCCCCACUUUUAGCCGUGUCCAAAGCUGCGGCCCCCUACGUGUCUCGCUGUGCCUUCAAGCCCCACGGCUCGCCCUACUCGCUGGAGAGCAGCAGCCCCCAGAAGUCCUUCAUUCCAGGAUUCACUGGAUUUGUGCCUCGUGCCCGGUAUCUGAUCGGGGCGAGCUACCCAGUCACCACGCACCGGGCUCUGGUGGAGUUUGAUCGAAUGCUUCGGAGGCAGGCGCGGGGGCCUUUGGGGAGCGAUGCUGAGGCCCAGGAGGAGGGCGACGCCCUCCCACCGCUAGCAAAGACCUACCCCACGGACAUGGGCCUCCUGCCCCACUACAAGGGCUACGUGCCAGGCUACAAGUUCCAAUUUGGCCACACCUAUGGCCACCUUACCCGUAACGCUCUGGGCCAGAGCACACUGGAGAAGCAGAUGCUGGACGUGCCGCCGCUGCUGUGAGCCGUGUUGUGGGGGGGGAGGGGGGAGGAGACACCCCCAACUCCCGCUCUUCUCCAAAACAAGGCCCUCGAGAAGG